AUGUGCGUGGUAAAGCUGAAAAAUCACUACAGGCUCAAGAAUGUCGAGAACCUUCCACAGUUAUCGUCUAGCGAGGCGCUGAAUACGCCACUCAGUGCCAACUCUUUGCUAUUACCGCCAAUAGAUCCGGGACGAUCCUCACCAUUCGCUUCUCAAGAAUCGGGAACGAGCCAGAUCCUGCCUAGAAUUCCAUUGUUGGAUGCGCCUGAGUUCCAUCAAAGGCUGUCCAGCCUGCCCCUACACGCAGAUGGAGCUCGUUUUAAGUCCUCUCUUCUGGACCGAUUCGACUGCUCAUACUUGAAAUGUCUGCUGGCCGAGUUUGAAGAAGAACCUGCUUACCAAAACCGGGAAGAGGAAACGACAGAGAUGAAAAUGGAAGCGUCUAGAUCCUUUUUCUCCACAAACGGUCUCAGGGAAGCUGAUAUGGAAUGGCAAACAUUUUCUCCACAAGAACUUGAUAAACGUUGUUCUGAGAUAUCACCUGAUCGUCCGCCGUACAGUUCAAACGAACUCAACGUCGAGCCAGAAAAGCGUGGCAAGAAAGCUCCAAAGUCCCAAACCAAGGCGACAGACUGCGGUGCUGAAACACUAAAAGAAAGGAGCAGAAGGAAGCAUGCUGAUACAGAGCGAUACCGACGCUAUGAGCACAAAAAGUCCCUAGUGUUCAUGUAUGAGCAUGUCAGUGAUUAUGCCCUUGAGACAGCUGGCAAGAAAGUCAACUGGACGCUUGAUUCCGCCAAAGCACCGACUAAAGAUAUCAUUCUGGCUGCUUACAACAUCCAUGUGCUCAUGGUUGAGCGAAUGAAGAUAUUGUCUCAAGAACAGCUCGCCAAGAAAGACCGAGUCAUCGAACAGAAAGACCGAGAGAUCCAUCCACUCCUACAACCAGCGGAGGUCGUCGCACUUAGAGUUUGUGCUAAAGUUACAACGCAUCCCCGGCUAUGCCGUGCAGCAUUCCCUGCCGCAAGCGCCGAUUUCUAUGUCGGCUGGGCUGCGACUGGAGCAAUCGACCUCACGUCUUUGCACAUCCGCAUCGUGGAAGUUCAACGUGUCAGGGUGAUGGCUCAUCAGGCGCUGAUUGAUGACGCCUUUAGUGAGAGGAUAGAGCUAGCAAAGAAAGUUCACGAUGCUAUGCGCAAACACCCCAGUGAUGUCCCCAUUUACGUUGAGAUCGCAGAGUAUGUCCGCGAUCUGCGAAGUGACGUGGCCGGCAACGGGAUCUGUGAUGAAGAAGCAAUUGAGCCAGCAACGAAGAAGCGAAAGCUGAAAAAUGGUACUGCAUCACCCGCCGGUGGGGAAUCGCUGCCGGAUCACAACUCGAAGGUCUUGUUCGAAGCUAGAGAUCUCUCCUUUUCAAUACCCAUGCGCAAGAAACUGCAUCUUGAGGUUGCAAAAGUUACUUCCCCGUCUAGUCAUGGUGCACAAGUCUAUCAGCUUCGAGCGCGCCACCCAGCUUCCGAAUACGCUCUGCGACUACCAGUCCCAGAAAAAGCCCAAAAACAGCAUAAUUUUGUCUUCUUGCCUGAGGCGGGUUUAGGUAUAGGCGAUAAGCUCUCCACAAAUGGCAGUGAUCCGAAUGAACCGCUUGUAUGGACAGUCAGUGACGGCCCGCAAAAGCUAACUACAUUCAACGACAAGGGGUCGGGAAACUCCGAGCAUUUACAGGAUGGUAGUCUCAUUGAGCAGACUCUAAACAAGUGCUUAGAGAAUACCAGGGCCGGCAAAGUCGUUGGACCCAAUGAUGAUGAAUUUGUACGCGCAACGCCAGAAGCGCAUAGAAAGGGCGAGAAGGCCUAUCACGUCAAAGCAUUCAGGGGGAGCAAAGAUGGCUACUUGUACUUCCUGGCUACUGGCAUAUUCUUCGGAUUCAAGAAGCCGCUGGCAUUCUUCCCUUUUGAGGUAAUCAACUCAAUAUCAUACACGUCGGUAUUACAACGAACGUUCAACCUGAAUAUAGCUGUGCAGCUGCCAGAUCAAGAAGAGCUUAAGGAGCACGAAUUCUCCAUGAUCGAUCAAGCUGAUUUUGCUGGUAUUGAUGUAUACAUCAAGCGUCAUGGACUGCAAGAUGCCAGUUUGGCGGAAAGCAGGAAGGCUAAAAAGUUGAAGCAUAACGGUGCUGUGAAAGGAGACGACAAGGGUGGAGUAGGGGAAGAGGAGGAGCAGAGUGAGCUGCAGAAGGCGCAGCAGGAGUUAGAGGAUGCCGAGGAUGAGGAGGAGGAAGACUAUGAUCCAGGCAGUGAAGGCCUAAGUGACGGAAGCGGGGAAAGUAGUGAGGACGAGGAGUUGGUGGAAGGAAAUGGAGCAGGAGGUGAUCAAGACCUGGUGGCCGAAGAGCUUGGAAGCGAGGCCGAAGAAGGUGUGCCUGAUCCCAAUGAUGAGGACCAGUUGUGA